CUCAUGGGCACCCCUGCAGAGCCCGGGGCCUGGGGCAAAUUGCCCCUCUUGCCUCCCUUCUGGGCGGCCCUGCACUGACAUGACUUUGGCAAACAAUCAGAACGAUUUCAGUGAAAGGAAUGAGGGUCCAGGGACAGAUAAUACAGAUGCUGUUUGCCUUGAAAAAGCUGUGGCUUCUACUGGAGAUGCCAAGCAGGAAAAUAGUGCUCUGCAGGAUGCUUUACUUUGUGCAGAACCAUUCCACCUGACAGACAAGGGAUGUCAAAAUACUGCAGAAAUUGAAGAAAAAGUGAUUCUCAAAACUGCUAAUGAGCAUCAGACCAAUUUUGAAAUACUUCAUAAAGCAGAGACUCCUUUGUUUUGCUAUCACUCUCUUUUUUCAAUAAAGAUAUAUGUAGAACCAAAAACAUCUGAACCACAGCUUCUUGCCAGUAGUGAAACAAAGGACUUAGAUCUUGAACUCAAAGCAGAGAUGUUAGAAUUAUCACUUGAAGUACAGUCUUUCCUGGGUGAAGAAAGAAAAGAGCUGUUGGAACUUCCAUCAGCUGAGGUGCAGCCUUCCCUGGAUGAGAAUGUGAAGCUGUUGGAAAUGAAGCAGUUACAAAUGCACUCUGUACUUGAUGAACUAAAAAAGCUCUUACUGGAACUAGAGUCACUCGAAGGGCACCCUUCCUUGGGUGACAAAACAAAAGAAGAGGUACUGGAACUGGAGUCACUAGAAAUGCAGACUUCCUUGACUGAUGAAACAAAGGAAAAAAUGUCAGAACUGGAAUCACUCCAAGUACAGCUUUUGGAUGAUGAAACGAGGGAGCUAAUGAACCUGAAAUCACUUGAAGUGUCACCUUCAUUUAGUAAUAGAGAGAAGUGGUUGGAAAUGGAGUCAUCACUUGAAAUACAGCCUGUAUGCGGUGAUGAAAGAGGGGAACUGUUUGAACUGAUACCAUGUGAGGUACAGAUUUCCUUGGGAGAAGAAACAAAGGAGAGAGUGGAUUGGGACUUGGACUUGCUUGAAGUUCAUCAAGUGAAAGCUGCACCAACUGAGUUGGAAGUGGAGUCUUCCCUAGUAAAAACUUUACUUAGUAAUGGAGCCAGGAAGGAGCUGGAACCAGAGAUGCACAAACCAGAGAUGCACAAAGUCCAGUCUUUGCUUGGUUCGGAAAGAAAAGAGGUAUUGGAACUGGUGCCAUCGGAAGUGCAGGCUUCUCUUGAUGAUGAAACAAGGAAGGACCCGUUAGAAUUGGAACCAUCUAAUUUAGAGCUUUCUGUAGAUAGUGCAGAUCAGCUUUCAUUCGCCAAAACCGACUUAAAAAAGCAGGUGUCUACUUGCCCUGUAGAGCUGUGUGGUGUAGGAGAAGCUGAUAGCAGAGGUGAAAAAUGUAAGAAAUGGCUUACUUUGCAAGAGAAGAGUUGUGCGGAACAGAUGAAACCAGACUUGCAUGAAUUAUUCGGAGAGUAUAAAACUACUCUUGUCAUUGGGGAGUCCUUGAGGCAUAAACCAUCAGAUGAAGAAGAAAUUGAAAUAAGAGAAAAGCAGGAUGCAACUUUAGCUGGUCAUGGUGCAGAGCAAAGUGAGCAUGCCUGUAAUCUAGAGGGAUUUGCUGUUGGCUCCAAUUGUGUGGUGUGGUCAUGUCAGAAGUGGUAUAAGACUCAUAUUUUGGAGAUAUCUGAUGAAGGCACCAAGGAUUUGAAUCUCUCUGCUGGCCAUGAGGAGAUAGUGAAUCCUGAGAAUGUUUGGAAUGGCAUUCCUGAAGUGACUAAGAGUCCAUAUGAGGCAGAUAGCUUGCACUCCGUAUCAGCGGAGGGCUCAGAGUUGAAAGAAAAAAGGGCUAGUUGUGGCUCUGAUGUAAUGGUUGAUCCAUAUAUGUUGUCCAGCAGUCCUGAAAAUGCCACUGAGUAAGGCUUCUAGUUCACUAGCAUCACGUGUUGGAGAAGCAAAGUCUUUUGAACAUGACUUUCCCGAGAUUACGGAGUUGUACAUUGUAGAAGUAUUUUGAGCAUGGUUUUCAAGCAGCUGAGCAAAUAAUGUCUAACUUGUAUGCCAUAUUUCUAUAAUAGCACCUCACACUUGUGUAAGACAACAAAAUACCUACAUGGAAUCUGUAGAUGUUUUCAUAGUGCUGGCAUCUAGCUUCUUAAAAUUGUGAUACCUUCAUUUAAGUGAGUAUUUGGGCAGCCCUUGACCAGUGGAGUUUCUGGUAUUGAAUGUUUUAGUCUGUUGCACCAAGAGUUGUAAUAACUAGAUUGUUAAACUUUUUGCAUAUGUAGAUUGCUUAUGCUCUUUAUUUCUAUUGGAACUAUACUUGAUUUAAAUUUUUGGGUUUGCUUAAAUGAAGCUUAUUCAGAUGUAUACAAAUGGCUGUACAUUGUGCAGCCCUGCUUUCUGAUGAACACUGAGAUUUCUUUGUUAGAAAAGCUCUCCUAAAAAAAAAAUUAGAAGAUAUUUUGCACCAGUUGCUUUGAAUGUUUUGUCCUCCUUUAUGGUAAAUAAUAUUUACUUCAGUUUGAACUCUGCAUUUAUACUACUAUGCUAACUAUGGAACAAGCUGGAAUAAAGCUGAUGCUGGUGCAUUGUUAUCUUGUUUUGAUCUUUUAGAUUUUUCCACUAUAUUACUCUAGUGUAUAAGGGACACUUCCUUCAUCUAUAAUUAAUUGACUACAAUCUGUUGGAGGAACACCCUUUUUAAAAACAGGGCCAAUAAGUACAGAGCACCCCGGGAAUAUUAAACAUAAGAGCAUAAGAAUGGCCAUAUACUGGGUCAAAUGAAUGGGUCCAUCUAUACUCCUGCGGCAAUGCUGCACCACUGCGCGAAUACAGAAUUCAUGUCCUCUGCAGAUUUCUUUGCUUCCCCACAGAAAAUGACAGGGAAGCCAAAAGAGUGGUCAUGCAACCCUCCCCAGCAGUGCAGGCAUGUUGUUUUGGGCACCUGGAGCAAUUAGCGGAGAGGUAAAUCACCUUGGGAAAGGGCUGGGCACACCCCAGCCGCUGGCUCCUACCUUGUGCAGGGCUCAGCUGCUAGUCCUGGCUGGGCUGAGGAGGGGAGGCCAGAACUUCCUCUUCCCUUACAAGGUGCCGCUGGGGCCAGGUCAGACUCACCCCCAGAAACUUCCCCUUACUGACUGCAGGAAGUUCUGCACCCCCUCUUACUGCUUGCCCCUAUUGCUCAUCCCACAUGCAUCCAGACCCAUCCCUACCUAGAACUCCCCCUCCCAGAAUCCCCUGCACUCAACCCCCCACCCUGCUGAGCCUCAUCCCCUGCAUCCAGAGCCCUCCUGCACCUGAACCCUCUUUCGCCUCUGCUGAGCCUCACUCCCCACACUUGGACCCUGCCAUCAAGGUCCCUCCCCCCUGCAUCCAGACCUUCACCCUCUGCACCCAGACUAUCUCCAUUUUCCCCCUGCAUCCAGGUGCCCACCCCAUUGAGUCCAACCAGCUGCACCUGGACCUCCACCACACUAAACCCCACUCCUCCAGCAUCACUUGCCGAGUCCCAUUCCCCUUGCACUCAGAACCCCUCAACAAGCCCCUGUGUAUCCAGAUCCCCCACCAAGCCACCCACACUCAGAUUACCCCGCACCUGCAUCCUCUCACACUAAACCCCUGCACAUUUGGAUCCUGCCGGACUGAGCCUGCUUGCCCCACACCCGGAUCGGGGACCAGGGCUGGGCAUGUGUGAGAGACUCUCUCUCUUGCUUACUAUUUUGGUGCACCUGGCUCAGAGGGACGGGGCCCUAGGGUAUUUGUGGGGCAGGCCUGGCCCCUGCACUGUCAGAGUUGGGUCAACCUCAUGGCCAAAUCUGUGUUGGGGGUGGGGUGGAGGCAGCACUGCAGGUUGAUCUUCUACCUCAGUGCAGCCAGUGGACUGUGCUCUGCACUGCCAUGCUGGAGCCUCCAUGUAUGUUUGUUCACAAAUAAAAUACGCAGAAUUUUAAAAUAUUGUGCACAGAAUUUUUAACUUUUUGGCGCAGAAUUCCUUCAGUAUAUCUAGCUCAGUA